AAUGUGGAACCCAGGGCCAGCCCCGCUGGGAAAAGAUAAAAAGGCCCUUGGCGGCUCAGCAGCUCACUGUGCUAGCUCCCUUGGCUCGCAGCUGCUCCUUCCAGCUCCCAGCUGCUCCCUCAGCUCCCGGCUGCUUCCCCACUUGCCGUCAGUCAUGAGGUCCUCUGUGUCUCGGCAGACUUACUCCACGAAGGGAGGCUUCAGCUCUAACUCAGCCAGCGGAGGGGGCGGGAGUCGGAUGCGAACCAGCUACAGCUCGGUGACCAUGUCCAGGAGCAGCGGCAGCGGCAGUGGCGGUGUGGUCCGCUCUUGCCCCGGCUCUGGGGGCUUUGGCAGCCGAAGCCUCUAUAAUUUGGGAGGCAAGAACAUCUCUGUCAGUGUGGCUGGUGGAGCCUCCUCUGGCCGGGCACUAGGAGGCUUUGGCAGUGGGGCCUAUGUGGGCCUAGGGGCUGGCAGGCAGACAUUUGGGCCAGUCUGUCCUCCUGGGGGAAUUCAGGAAGUCACUGUCAACCAGAGUCUGCUGACACCUCUCAAUGUGGAGAUAGACCCUGAGAUCCAGCGGGUACGCACCCAGGAGCGCGAGCAGAUCAAGACCCUCAACAACAAGUUUGCGUCCUUCAUCGACAAGGUACGUUUCCUGGAGCAGCAGAACAAGGUGCUGGAGACCAAGUGGGCCCUGCUGCAGGAACAGAGCCAGAACGUAGGGGUCGCCCAGAGCCUGGAGCCUUUCUUUGAGACUUUCCUGAGCAACCUGAGGAGGCAGCUGGAUGCCAAGCAGAGCGAGCGUGGGAGGCUGGAUAUGGAGCUGAGGAGCGUGCAAGACAAUCUGGAGGACUUCAAGAACAAGUACGAGGAUGAAAUCAACAAGCGCACUGCCUUGGAGAAUGAAUUUGUGUUGCUCAAGAAGGAUGUAGAUGCUGCAUAUAUGGGCAGAAUGGAUCUGCAUGGCAAAGUGGACACCUUGAACCAGGAGAUUGAAUUCCUGCAACAUCUCUUUGAGGCGGAGCUGAGCCAAGUGCAGACCCAUGUGUCUGACACCAAUGUUGUGCUCUCCAUGGACAACAACCGCAGCCUGGACUUGGACAGCAUCAUCGCUGAGGUCAAAGCCCAGUAUGAACUGAUUGCCCAGAAGAGCCGGGCUGAGGCUGAGUCCUGGUACCAGACCAAGUAUGAAGAGCUGCAGGUGACAGCUGGGAAACAUGGGGACAGCCUUCGAGACACCAAAAAUGAGAUUGCAGAGCUCACCCGCACCAUCCAGAGACUGCAGAGUGAGGUGGAUGCAACCAAGAAGCAGUGCCAGCAGCUGCAGACCGCCAUCGCAGAAGCGGAGCAGCGUGGGGAGAUGGCGCUCAAGGAUGCCAAGAAGAAGCUUGGAGAUCUAGACACAGCCCUGCACCAGGCCAAGGAGGACCUGGCCAGGCUGCUUCGUGAUUACCAGUCUCUCAUGAAUGUCAAGCUGGCCUUGGAUGUGGAGAUCGCCACCUACCGCAAGCUACUGGAGAGCGAGGAGAGCAGGAUGUCCGGAGAGUGUCCCAGCGCAGUCAGUAUCUCGGUGACUGGCAACUCUACCUCGGUGUGUGCGGGCGGCGCGACCAGCUUCGGGAGCGGCCUCUCUCUGGGCGGGGCUGGUGCGGCCAGCAAGGGUGGCUUCAGUGCCAACGUGAGCUACGGCACUGCCAAGGGCGGGCAGGUCUCCGGGGGAACCUCCAUCCUGCGGAAGACCACCACGGUCAAGACCUCUAGCCGGAGAUACUAGCAGCAAGGCUUUGUGGGCGGGGCUGGGCUGCGGUCCUUGAGCUGGCCACGCCUUCACAGCACCGCGGGGGCUGAGUAUUCUUAGUGCACAAUUUUCAUACGAUUUGCAUUUGGGAAAGGGCUCAAAUUCACUCAGAUUUUUCUCCUUGGUGAUGCAGUGGGAUGGGAGGGAGGUUAGGGUCACCAGCUGGAUGACUUGGGGUGACCUGACCAUUUUGAUAGAGGAAGGAGGAUGUCCAUUUCUACUCGUUCACCUCAGCAGAUGUGCUCUGAGUUUAGGGCAAGCUGGAGGAGGAGAGAGGAGGCAGCAGUGGUUCCCAGAGCCCUCCAACCUCCUCAGUUUCUCACCAGACGUCACCUUUGCCACCUCAUGUCCUAGCCCCUGUCUGUGCCUGUGAUGUGUCUCAAUAAACAGCAACUAC